CUUCUUCACCGUCUGUGCCCCGGAUGUAGUUAGCUUACAGAAUCUGUAUCCUGCGGUCUGAUUCAUGUUGUGAUUAAAGGACAAAAUAAAACAAAAUGUCAGGGCAGACGCUAACAGUGACAGUUGCUUACGGAUCUACGAAGCACAGCAUCACAGUAACUGGCCAAGAUGAUGACAAGAGUCCCACAGUCAAAGACCUGGCAGAUGCUCUCACACAAGCCACGGGAGUCCCUCAAACCUCACAGAAACUGAUAUUCAAAGGUAAAUCUCUGAAGGACAUGGAGGAGAGUCUGACCAGCUAUGGAGUAAAAGAAGGCUGCAAACUCAUGAUGAUAGGCAAGCGGAACAGUCCAGAGGAAGAGGUGGAGCUGAAGAAGCUGAAAGACAUCGAGAAGUCUGUGGAACAGACGGCAAAGAAACUGGAGAAAGUAGACGGGGAGCUGACUGGGCUCAAAAAUGGCUUCCUGGCUAAAGACCUCCAGGCAGAGGCGCUGGGAAAACUAGACCACAGAGUGAAAAUAGCUGCAGAGCAGUUUAUGAAGAUCCUGGAGCAGAUUGAUGCUUUGACUCUCCCUGAAAACUUCAGUGACUGCAGAAUGAAGAAAAAGGGACUUGUGAAGACAGUCCAGGAUUUCCUGGCCCAGUGUGACAAGAUUGAAGCUUGUAUAUCAGACCACCUAUCAAAGAUCCAGUCGAAAAAUCUCGCUCUGGCCGAGUAGAGCUAGAAAAUGUCCAACUUUGUGUGAUAUACAUUGCUCUGUGAGCAACUGCAAAGUGUACAGUAAAUAUGGAGCAGAUCCUUGAUUAUUUAUUGUUGCUGUGAUGUGUGUGAGAGAGCCCUCAUCCUAGAUGUUGAAACCAUGUACAUCUUGGAUAUGUCAUCAGGGUUGAAGAUUGAUAUGAAGUGCCCCUUAAGAUAUUCAUACCACAGUAGCACUAUGAAAGGAUCAGUGGUGCUUUGAACUGUGGCAGAUCCCCUUGAUGCAACCAAAACUGGAGCUCAAUAAAACUGCCACAGUCUAAUGAUGAUCAGCGUUCUCCAUAAUGAUGUCAGAAAACUGUUUCCAGUUUUUCCACCCAAUACCUCACCAUCUGUACAGUAACGUAAAGAGAACAUGUUCGGUUUUUCUUGUAUGUUCAAACUGUUAAGUGUAUCAAAUGGCAGUUUUUACACACAUGGCCAAAAGUCUGUGGACACUCUUACAUUAAUUUGCUGUUCAACAGCCUUUAUUCCAUAUUAUUUUUCAUAAUUUGGGAACAUGGCUGCAGAGAUAAUCAUUAAGAGCUGGUGCUGCUCUGAGGGUCAGGCUGUGUACUAUCAGAAGCAGGGAACCCCUUUACUCAUCCUGGUUUGUGCAUUUUCAUGUUGUUACAAGAACAGUUAUUCUCAGCUUGUUUUAUUUGGGGCUUAUAAUUAAUGUAAAAGCAUCAAGAAAACAUAAAGAGAAUUUUCACUUGUUCAAUAGAUUGUAUUAAUUGAGAAAUCACUCACCCAAGCCCACAGCAUAAAAAAGCCUAAGAAGAACUCAGCGCUGUUCACAUACUUCUGGCCGAUCGUGUAUGUAUUUAUUUUACACUGAGAGUCAACGCCUUUUGUUUAAUCCAGUGAUUCCCCCUGUGUAAUCUUGUAGCUCCAAAUGAUUGUGAACUGUGGAAUGGGUAUGACUUUGAACCAACAUGAACACAUCACAUCUGUCAGGAUCAUUUUAAAAUAAAACCUUCUGAAAAUUUCAA